AUGGCUCACCUUCAAGCUUCGCAUCUCUUCUCCGUCCAGGACCGCGUGGUGGUCAUCACCGGCGGUGGCAGUGGACUGGGCCGUACAAUGGCCCGCGCCCUCACAACCAACGGCGCAUCCAAGGUCUUCGUGCUGGGUCGACGAGAAGACGCCCUCCACGAAACAGUCUCCCAGUCCGAGAGUAGCGGCGUCGUCGUCCCCGUGCCCUGCGAUGUCACCUCCAAGGAGUCACUGGAGGCAGCAUAUCAGACCAUCGCCGCGCAAACGAGCCAUGUCGACCUCCUCGUCGCGAAUAGCGGGACAAUGGGCGCGCAGAUGCGUCCCCCCGGUCCUAAGGCAGACGGGUCGAACCCCACACUCUCUGAAGUGCGCGAGACACUGUUCUCUAUCCCCAUGGAGGACUUCUCCUCCGUGCUGAACGUCAACGUCGUGGGCGCCUACUACACUGUCCUCGCUUUCCUGCCGUUGCUAGAAGCAGCCAACAAGCGCCGCCCGGCGCCCGAGACGGGCGUUCUGACACCCCCAAGUGCGCAGGUGGUCAUCACCAGCUCGAUCGCGGGGUUCAUUCGUCUAGUGCCAUUUAGCUAUGCGUAUAAUUUGUCCAAGGCGGCGACGACGCAUCUCGUCAAGAUGCUAUCGACGACACUCGGGCCGUAUCUGAUUCGGGUGAAUGGGAUCACACCGGGUUUGUAUCACUCCGAGAUGGCGGAUCCGCUGUAUGCGAUCGGGGGGGUUCAAGGACUGGGUAUUUCGGAGGGGUCGUUUGCAAAGGAGUUUAUUCCUGCGACGAGGGGCGGUGGCGAGCAGGAUAUUGCGGGAUUGAUUGUUUGGAUGGCGAGUGCGUCGGGGGGAUAUCUGAAUGGGAGUAUUAUGGUUACGGAUGGGGGCAGGUUGGGAGUUGUGCCGUCGGUCUAUUAG